AUGUUCAAUAGUAGUAAGAGAAUACUUUGUAAUUCUAUCUAUUCUUCUUUUUUAUCAAAACCAACUUCAUUCAUUAGUAAAUCAAUAAAUACUAGAUUAUUUAUUGGUAUCAAUAGCAGUAAUAGCAGUAGUUUAGUCAGAUCUAAUCGAAAUCAUUACUUUACGAGUACUAAUAGUCAAAUUAAAUUAUCAUCAGAACAAUCUAAAACAACAACUACUACUACAACAACAACAGUAACACUAGAACAAUUAUAUAAGAAAAUGGAUCCAUUCAUUCCACACGCCAACAAAUUCAUUAACUUUAUUGAUAACUCACCAUCACCUUACCACGCUGUUGCGGUGCUUGCCGACGUCUUGAAGCAAAAGGGUUAUGUACAACUCUCUGAAAAGACAAAAUGGGAUCUGAAACCCAAUGGAAAAUACUUUUUCAUUCGUAAUCAAUCUUGUUUAUCCGCAUUCUGUGUUGGUGGUCGUUUUGUUGCUGGUAAUGGAUUUGCAAUUACAGCUGCUCAUACUGACAGUCCAAAUUUGAAAGUAAGACCAAUUUCCAAGGUUGAAUCCGUUGGAUAUUUACAGGUUGGUUGUGAAACCUAUGGUGGUGGACUUUGGUAUACUUGGUUCGAUCGUGAUUUGACUUUGGCUGGUCGUGUCAUUGUCAAGGUCGGUGAGAACAACUAUGAAUCCAAGUUGGUUCACAUCAAGCGUGCUCUCCUCCGUAUCCCAUCGUUGGCCAUCCAUUUAGAUCGUUCGGUCAACACCGACGGUUUCAAGAUGAACACUCAACGUCACCUCGUACCAAUAAUCGCCAGUCAACUCAACUCUAAACUCGUUGGAUUGGACGAGAACGUCGACAACACCAAACACCACCCACUCUUGCUUGACAUUCUCUCGAAGGAGUUACACUGUGCCGUCGGUGAUAUCGUUAAUUUCGACUUGUCCGUAUGUGACACUCAGCCAGGAACCAUCGGUGGUGCUCUCUCAGAGUAUAUCCACUCGCCACGUCUCGACAAUCUCUGUAUGUCGUACUGCUCGAUCGAAGCGCUCUUGAAUAUCUCUGAUGAGCAUCUCAAGAACGAGGAAUCUGUUCUUUCUGCAGUGCUCUUUGACAAUGAAGAGGUUGGAUCUACAUCGCCACAGGGUGCCUGUGCUCCAUUGAUUGUUGACACUGUCGACCGUAUCAACCAAUGUUUUGCCUCGCCAUCCGACAACCUGACAGUGCUCUCUGACAUCUCCAUGAGAAAGUCAUUCUUGAUCUCUGCGGACAUGGCUCAUGCCGUCCAUCCAAACUACGCCGACAUGCACGAACCACUCCAUCGUCCACAGAUGAACAAGGGUCCAGUCAUCAAGUACAACGCCAACCUGCGCUACGCAACAGACAGCACCUCUGCCUUUUACAUUCUCGAGCUCGCCAAGCGUAACGGUGUUCCAGUGCAAGAGUUCCUUGUCAAGAACGACUCGGCAUGCGGUAGCACCAUCGGUCCAAUCAUCUCUGGUAGCUACGGUAUCAAGACUGUCGACAUUGGUAAUCCACAACUCAUACCACCUUGCUCCAAAGAUUCUAUGAACAAUACACUCAAUUGGAAAAAUCAAUUCACGUCGACAACAUGUAAAAUCUUAUCAUCAUCAUCAUCAUCAUCAUUAUUCUAUUCGAUUCAUCCAAUAAAAUCAAUCGACCAACCAACACUGUCAUUCAACUGCAGUUUUAAAAGUAAGCAAAGCUAA